AUGAGUGAGCUCCAGAGAGCAUGGGCGAGGUCAAAGGUCGGGCUUCCGGCCGAGGCGACGAACACGACGAUUCUCGAUGAGACGCCCGAGGAGCAGGUGGAAGAGGACGACGAUGAUGAACUACCUGAGCUGCCAGAACAUCCGGACGACGACUCGUCGUCCGCAUCUUCCAUGUCGUCGACUGGCACCGUGAUCCCGUCACCGAACCAGAAGCUAUUUGCUCGACCUCAAGGGACAUAUGAGCAGAUUCCCUGGACGACAUAUUUCGAGCGAGAACUAUACCUCCAGCCGGCCGACAAGCCAGAAGUGACGUACCACGCGUACUUAACGUCGCCCGGCGACAAGGGGCCUCUAUUCGUGAUGCACCACGGCGGCGGCUCCUCCGGCCUCUCGUUUGCCGUCGUCGGAUCCGAGAUACGCAAGGGGCUUCCCUCGGCGGGUGUCCUAUCCCUCGACUGCCGGGGUCACGGGUCGACAAUGUCGCCGGAGGGGGCAGGAAGAGGAGGAGGAGGAGGAGGAGGAGGAGGGACGGGGCAGGACCAGGACCAGCAGCUGGACCUCCGUCUCGAGACGCUCUCGGCGGACCUGUUCUCGGUCAUCGAGCUCACGCGUGAGCGCAUGGGCUGGCCCCAGCUCCCACCCAUCAUACUCGUCGGUCACUCCCUCGGCGGCGCCGUGGUGGUCGACCUGGCCCGGUCCGGCCGGCUGGGCGCCAGCCUGCUCGGCUACGCGGUCCUGGACAUCGUCGAGGGCUCGGCCAUGGACGCCCUGCAGAGCAUGCACACCUACCUCUCCACCCGGCCGGCCGGGUUCGCAUCCCUGCAGUCCGGGAUAGAGUGGCACCUGCGCACACGCACGCUGCGUAACUCGGCGUCGGCCCGCACCUCUGUGCCCGGACUGCUCGUGCAUCGGGACGGCGACGAGGCCGUGGCAGACGCUGACGUCGGCGCCGACGCCAGCGGUGUCAGCGGGCGACCAUGGAGGUGGAGGACGAAUCUGGCCGCCACGCAGCCCUUCUGGGAGAACUGGUUUGUCGGGCUCAGCAAGAAAUUCCUCGAGGCACGCGGUGGCAAGCUCCUGCUGCUUGCCGGGACCGACAGGCUCGACACGGAGCUGACCAUUGGGCAGAUGCAGGGACAUUUCAUACAAGAGGACCUACCAGAGCGGACGGCCGUGUCCCUGGUGGACUUUUACCGGCGCAACGACCGGAGUACGCUCGUCUUGCCCCCCAAGGUAUCGGACAUGCUGGCACAGGGGAAAAGGGUAUGA